GGAAACACCCCCACCCUUCUAGCCAGCCAGUUUACACACACCACUUCUGCUCCUCCUUGAUUGAAAUGUUAGGUCAAGAGGAAGAAGGAAAACAAAAUCAAGAGCUGCUCUCAAGCAUCUAGAAUUUUCUGCACCCCACCUCUUGAGAAGAGAGACUGGCCCCAGUUCUGACUCAUUUCACUAAAAGCUGGACUCUCCUCUUAAAGCACCAACUUUAUUUGAGCCUUUGGAUAAAACUGGAAGAAAAGAGUCCACAAGUACUGUGAACUGUGCAGGAGGCAGGGGCUAACGACUGGCAGUAAAAACAGAAAGAUGGCAGGCCAGAUUCCCAGUAUUGAAGUGGACCCUGAAAUUGAGCUUUUUGUGAAGGCUGGAAGUGAUGGGGAGAGUAUUGGAAACUGUCCCUUUUGCCAACGCCUUUUUAUGAUACUCUGGCUUAAAGGAGUUAAAUUCAAUGUGACAACUGUUGACAUGACCAGAAAGCCUGAAGAACUGAAGGACUUAGCCCCAGGGACCAAUCCUCCCUUCCUGGUAUAUAACAAGGAGUUGAAGACAGACUUCAUUAAAAUUGAGGAGUUUCUAGAGCAGACACUGGCUCCUCCAAGGUUUCCUCAUCUGAGUCCCAAGAACAAGGAGUCCUUUGAUGUGGGCUGUAACCUCUUUGCCAAGUUUUCUGCAUACAUUAAGAAUACACAAAAGGAGGCAAAUAAAUAUUUUGAAAAAUCUCUGCUCAGAGAAUUUAAGCGUCUGGAUGACUACUUAAAGACCCCACUUCUGGAUGAAAUUGAUUCAGACAAUGCUGAGGAACUCACAGUUUCCAGAAGAUUGUUCUUGGAUGGGGAUCAGCUGACACUGGCUGACUGCAGUUUGUUACCCAAACUGAACAUUAUUAAAAUUGCUGCCAAGAAAUACCGCAACUUUGACAUUCCAGCAGAAUUCUCAGGAGUCUGGCGCUAUCUCCACAAUGCCUAUGCCCGUGAAGAAUUUACUCAUACAUGUCCUGAAGACAAAGAAAUUGAAAUUACCUAUGCAAGUGUAGCUAAACAGAAGAGUUAGGACAAGUCUUUCAGCAGAAAAAGCUCCCUUCACUUGUUAUAUUACGAAGGCUUUUGGAAAGAAGACUAUGGAAAAUACUGUUUCCUCUAUCUAACUCCCUUGUGCUGUAUUUUCUAUAUCUAGUUACCCAAACUAUCUGCCCACUGUAUAUUUUAAGCCUUCAUAUUUUCAGUUCAUUGUCUUUAUUUCCAUGGAAUACCCACUUCAAUAUUAAAUGACAUGGAAAGCAUAAAGAUCAUUUGUUAUUUGAAUUCUUACAAUGCAUCAUGUGUAAGCUUAAUAGAUGGCUGAAGUUGCAAAUGACAUAACUAGAGCCACAACGUGAAGCUUCUCUUUAGAAACAUUUAGAAACAUUAGAUCAUUAAAACAACUUUAUGCUUUUCUUGGUUUAAUAAGUGCACAAGUUUAUUUCUGAUAUGAACAAUAAAAUCAGAGUGUUAGCAUAUCAGAGAGCCAAAUCCUCAAGAAUGAUUUAAAAAAAUCAGCUCUAGGAAUAGAUCAAGACCAACUAGUCUUAGAAUAGCAUUUAACACCUACGAAUAUGACUACCUCAUAGUGAGAGAUGAAACUACGCCCUUUAUGACCGGAUUAUAUUGUUAAAUGAACAAGCAUUAUUAGAGAAAACAUAAUAAUUUUUAAAAGAUCAGAAUCAAGUAUAUGGCAAAGUUGUAAACUGAAUCAGAUAUUUUAUUCACUAGAAAUAAGAAGCAAACUAAGAAAUUCGACUGACCAAAAGGUCUCAUUGCUGUCCAUAAAAGGAUAAGUAAAGCACACUGUCCUUAGAGGAUAACCACAAAGUUUUCUGCAGAAUUUUAAAUGCUCUGUUGCCAAAUGUACUCGCAUUUAUAUGUUAAAAUAAAAUCACUAAAAUCUGUAAACAAA